UCGGCGCGAGGAAGCUUGACGAGGAACUGGGGAGCGACGGAUGCGCUCGGGGGAAGCGGGGGGCGCGGGGCGCCCCGCCAUGGAGGAGCUGGAGGAGAGGCUGCGCCGCAGCAACGCGCGGUUCGUGGACUCGCUGCAGCGGAUCAUAGAGAAGUACAACUAUCCCUUUGAAGAUGAUAUACUUGUCUCUAUGGAAUCAUUGACUUAUGAUACACCCAUUGGACCACAGCUAUGGGGUGAUAUGUCAGAAAAAAACAUUAACGAAUGGAAGAAAAAAUUACAUAAGAGGGCCACACAAUGUCAAAAAACCACAGAAACACGAAAGCAAUGGAUCUCUGAUUUUGAAGAUGAAGAUUUAAAAGUACCUCAGGAACCUGCUAGGAAAUCCUUUAUAGACUCCUAUGAAGAGAUUCAAGUUGCUGACACAGAUACAGAAAGCGAAGCUGAUUUGGUUUCGAUUAGAAGAAAAUUUGAAAAUGUUAACCUCAAGGAGGACAUUCUACUUGUAAACCCUUCUGAGCUGGAAAUGAGAGAGAAAGUCAAAGUUCGUGUGGAUGUGAUAGUACAAGAUGAUGAAAGAAACAUCCCUAAAUGGAUUAUGGUUGCACCUGGAGAAAAAUCAAAGCGUCUUCACAUAACCUCUCCAUGGCAAGACUUGAUGGGUAUGACUAAAUCUCCAGUUGCAGAUAAGAUAACUCUACCCAGACAUGUACCUUUUCUGGAAAAAAAUGAAACGGGCUAUGAUAGCUUCAUGGAAGAGUACCAGUCUGCAAAUGAAGAAUGUUCCUGGAACAAUGUCACACUUGCAGAUUUGUAUCCAGGAAUGGUGGAGACACUUAGCAAGUUGAUGAACAAACACUCUCAGAAAAAAGCAGCUGAUUCCAUAAUCAGACACUACAAACACAGAGGAUGGCCUCCUAGAAAAUCAAAGCUUAAUGUCACCAUAGAAAGAAUAAGAAGGUUCAGGACAUCUAAAUUGAAGCCUAUGCUGCCUAAUACAAACAGUAAUGAUCAUAAAUUGCCUGUUGGAAAUAAUUUAAAUGAGAGUAACCAACUUCUUCAUGAUGGCAAAUGUCAGACACGGUGUGUGACUAAUGGUGAAUCUGGUAUGGUAUCUUACCCACAUGUUAAUACAAGUGAAAUGGAAAUAGAUUGGCCUGGAAAUUUAGAAGAUAAUUCAUACAUUCAAAGAAUAGACCAAAACAUCUCAGAGUCUGUUUUUCCAAACGUUACUGCUAGAACGGAAGAAACAUUUCUAACUGAGGGUCUACCUCAGACCACCGUGUCAUUACAUGACUCAAAAGGCAGCCCAAAUGGGAAGCUGCCUGAAGUACUUUCUCUGGGAUGCUUUUCUGUAACUUGCACAACAUCUCCUUGUCUAGUGAAAGAGAGUAAGAACGGCAAAAAUGACAAUACAGCUUUCGAUGGUACAUCAGGGUUCCAUUUGUCCACUUGCAACUUGAAUGGUGAUGCUAAUACCUUUCCACCACUUAACUAUUCUCUAGUAAGAACAUCAAAUGCAUUAAUCAGAAAUCCUGAAAUAAAAACUUUCAGGGGAGGUUUUUCACUGCAGCGCAGUCAUUCUUUUUCCUCACUUCCUGUGAAUCAAAGUCCAGUCAAGACUCACCAGAAAUGUGAAGAUGAAUUUGAAAAACUUUACCAGAAACUGUGCCCCAAAGAACUUCAGAAACCUCUUAAGAUUAGAAAGCCUCUUUCAAACACUAAAGAAAAAGAGAGACUAAUCAAGUCCUACUUCUGUAAUUCUGUAAAGUCUCAUAAAAAAUAUGAUAGUGCAUUUGACGAGGUUUAUCAGAGAUUGUGUUCCGAAGGGUUUCCAAAACUGCCCACGUUUCUGAGAGCUUCAAACUUAAGGAAAUAUGAAGGCAUACAGAUGUCAGAAACUGUAAAUGCUUUAAUUAACUCACCCAUACGAACUUUACCUGCAGUUACCAGAAUUAAAAGAGUAGCAGAUUUCCACAAUGAAGAUCUUCUGUCUUCACCUGUAAAGAAACUGAAAAAUAUACCUGAAGAUAUUUUUCCUAGAGCAAGUAAUCAGUCUCCUCAUAGAAAAAAUAUUAAUCCUCAGACAACUAGCCUGGAUUUCUCAAGAGUGAUGGAUGGGAUUGUUCCUGGCAUAUUUGAUAGCCCUAAUUGUCAAAGUCAGGCAUCUGAAAACUUUGAUUCUGGGUUUCAUACUUCUUCAAAUCACACUUAUCCAGUUAGUCCAAGUACUUUUGUGCAAGAAUCCAGGAUUGCAAAUGUCUAUGCAAGUAUCCCUAGAACAUUGCAAAGUAAUGGCUCAUCCAGAAGUGCACAAAAAUAUUAACAAAGGGUAUCCAGAAAACUCAGCUACAAUGAUGGGAGAGAGAAAAGCGCAGGUGUUCUUUUGGAAGACUUCAUCACUAAAGAUACAGAAGGAGCAUUUCUGGAAGGCUACAGAGAGAAUAUUAUUUUAUAAAUUUGUAAAGACAUCAAAGACAUUUUAAUUAACCAUUGCAAUCUGAAAAUUGCAUUUUUUGAUAGGGAGAGAGCUGAGGAAUAGUGCUCUAGUAUAUAGUUAGUCCUGCUAUGUACAUUCCCUCUCAUCCAAAAUAAUUCCUUGGAGACCAGCUUUGCCUUCAGCCAAGGUGGGCCGGGCACCUUUCCUUAAUGAGGAGUCAUUCAUUUGGCCCCAGAAGUCCACUGGACGGAAUCAAGAUUCCUUCUUUGGGCUGAAUUAGUUGUUAAACUUUUAUAUUUAGUAGUGUUUGCCAUAAUAGAAUGUGAUUUGCAUUUCUUUGUUUGCUUAUAGACAUGGAUUUUAAUAUGCUAAUAAUAAUGUACAUUGGUUUUGUAUUCCACCAGAAUUCCUAGCCUCUGCUGUGCACCCCUGCUUUAUAUAUGCACGUUAUUAAGCUCCUGGAAACACUGGUCUGGAAGGUCCAAAUGCAGUAUAAUGUAUUAUGACUUUGUAAUGUGGCUGUACUAUCAGAUUGGCGGUUUUAAUGUUUAAUUUUCAAUUUACUUCAUCAUAAAUCUUAAUUGCGUAAUAAAUUUUUUAUACAUUC